GUCCACGUUGCCGUUGGAGUGAGGAGUCGGACUGGCGGGCGCUGGUCGCUGGCAUUCGAGCACCGGCUUUUGGCUCAGUCUUUGGGGCGCGGUUCUUUGCCAAUCCAACCCUCUGGCAAGGUGACAAAAAAAACAAAAUAAACAACCAGCUGUCGGUGGUACGAAACGGACGACAAUAGAACAUUAACAAAACACCCACUGGAACGAACUGGAGGACAUUACGGCUGUGGAAUUGCCUGGCGCCUAAAAUCCUUCAUGGCGCCUCAGGACUUUGCCCACCCCAACCAUGGCACCCCUCGUCCUGUAAUAUUAAGGGUACCCCGUAAUCCAUCACCUGUCUAUCUUUGCCGCUGCUCAGUCACUUACCCCAUAUUCCGAUGCUUUAGCCUUCCAUCAUCCUUUAGAAAUCACCAAGAAGAAUGGGUCGGUCGCCUCGUCAGCUCUAGAUGGAUGACCAAGAAUCGCCAAAACGGUACUGCGGCCUUGAUGCUGGCCUCUGCGGCCAAUAAGGUCUCUUCAAGUUCUCGUCGGUCCGUCCGUCUGAUUUUCGUCCAAGGGUCGAACGUCAGUAAAGCAGUUUGGUUUGCUAGUCUGGAGAAACUAAAAAGAGUACCUUAG